UUCAAAAUGGCUCAUCAAGUCGACAGGAUCUGCUGGGAUGUUCUGACAUCCAAUCUUGUUUUCCAAUCCCAUCCAUCAGCCGAUGUAGACGAGGUUACAAAUCUAUACUUCCGCUUCAGGCCCCAGCAGGGCCAAGACAUCGGCCGGUUCGCCGACUCCUUGGCCCAUGCGAUCGCCAGCGAGACCGAACGCGAGCGGGGGGAAUAUCCGGCGAGGUAUGACCCACUCCAGCGACACGAUCUCAUCUUGGCCGACGAGAUAGCCCAGAAGAUCCAGCCCCUGGCCUAUGCAUGGUGCCAGAACGACCGCUGGGGAUUUGACUGGAAGGUGACUAACUCGUCAGAACUGUGUCGCCAUGUCGAGAGCAAAGGCUUUGCCUGCGGAUGCCCGCUACCCUACAGGGAAAGACUGGGAUCCGCCUUCCUGCGUCAAUACCAAGACAACGAUUGUUUCGAAUUUUUCCAGGUCAAUGGGGAUGCCUUCUUCAAUUUGCAGGUGGUCAACGCCCUUUUGGUUUUGGGCGAAAUGGAAACUGUUCUACAACUCUGCGCCCAUCCAGCGAUCGAUCUGCGGGAGUGGAUGGAAGUCCGGGAGUGUUAUGACACAGAACCAGAAGUUGGGUGGGAUAAAGUCUUCGAGGUUACCCUGGAUUUCUACCUCCUGUUGAACCUUCUACACGGUUUUCCCGAGCUGCGGGAGGGUAGUAAAAUAGGAUCGGAUGACUACCGCGACACGAAAAUGUACCAAAAAACCCUCUUCCUGUGGACGCAAAUGCACUCGCAGGCCGAAGUUCCGAGCCAGUUUUAUCGCCGAUUCUUUGGACUGGAAGACCAUUUCGAAGUGCCUCUCACGAUCCAGCGGCAUUUCCACCUGCCGGUCUUUGCCAAGCUUCUCGCCGAAGAACAGGCGAGGGAGCGCAACAGGGUACCGCACGACGAUGAUGAUCCCUACGAGCCAUAUCUCCAUCUUGAUGAAGAUAAUUUUCCAUUUGGCAAGGUCCCAUUUGAGAUGUUCUUGACCUGUGAUACGGAAGCCCCCUAUUACCGGAGUACGUUGGAGAUUGCGCGGGUGGAAGCUUAUUUGCGACACCUAGGGUUGCCGCAGGAGUUGGUGCUGGAGAUUAUGGCAUGGACCGAAUACGAUUGACCACGCGCGAGUCUUCCCGUGCCGCAUGACCCCCUGCACGUGGAGAAUCGGACGGUGCUGAAGCAGUACCUGGAGGAGUGCUUCUGUAUUAUGGUCCGUUGUAAUAUGGUGGUGCAGGAACUGGGGAUGGAGAUACACUGGCCGUCCUGUGUGGUACACGCUCUCGAUCGGCUCGUGUCGAGUCCCACGGGCCAGAGACUCUUUGUGCAAAGUCACCCUCGGAUUAUCUUGA